GUGUGUCUCAAGGCCAAGUGCAGCAACUGCCACCACGUAACGUGGGCAGGCUGUAGUAAUCACAUCGCGAACGUCAUGGACCAGGUUCCCAAGAACGAGUGCUGCACCUGCACAACCACGGUCAAGAAUGAGGGUAAAGAGUACCCCCCGCAGGGAUCCUAUAUGUCAGCUGGUGAGGUGUGCUAG